AUGUCUGUAAUUGACAUUCUCUUCCGCGUCGAUAGCAUUUGUCAAAAAUAUGACAAAUACGAUAUCGACAAGCAGCGUGAGCUCAACGCCUAUGGCGACGACGCCUUUGCUCGCCUCUAUGCAGCUGUCGAAUCCAGCAUUCAAACCGCUCUCAACAAAUCGGAGACUGCUUCCACGGAGACCAACAGGGCAGUUGCCGCGGCUUUGAAUGCAGAGGUUCGUCGAACCAAGGGUAGACUCAUGGACGAGAUACCUAAACUGCGCAAAUUGGCGCAUAAGAAGGGGACGGUAAUUAAGGAACAUGCGAAGGUAAAAUAUGAUGACCAGACAGAAAAUCAAUUCCAACUGACCAUGGUUAAAGGUCUCACGAAAGAGGAUAUCGCCGUCCGUCAGGAUCUUGUUCUGGCAUUGCCCGAGAGAAUCCAAGCAAUACCAGAUGGUAUUUCUAGUUCUAUUGAAGCUGCAGGAUGGACGGCUACCUCAUCUCAGCCACAUGUCAAGUUUGAUUCAGAGGGACAACUUGAGAGUGAGUAUUUCCAACAAAGUGAAGAAUCCAGUCAGUUCCGGCAAGAGUAUGAGAUGCGUAGGGUGAAACAGGCAUGCAAUAUUUCUUCAGAGGAAGGGCUUGAUAUCAUAUCAGAGGGAUUGGAUACCUUGAAGGAUCUGGCCCGUGAUAUGAAUGAGGAAUUGGAUCGGCAAGUUCCUUUAAUGGAUGAAAUUGAAAAUAAGAAUAUUGUCAUGAAUAUGUAUAAACUGCGUGGCCUGAUUAUACAGGUGGAUAGGGCAACAUCUGACGUGAAAAACACUAACGUGAGGCUUAAGAAAACUCUCAACGAGAUAAGGUCUAGUCGAAACUUCAUCAUCGACAUCAUUCUAAUCUGUGUUCUUCUUGGAAUCGUUAUGUAUUUAUACAAUGCUCUGAGGUGA